AUGUGUUUUACUCUUCUGUCGUACUUCUUCACUUCCCUUCCUCUGCUGAACUACCAGCCUCGGCGCCGUCAGGCCCCGGGGGACAAAGACUUCAAUCUCUGCUUUUUAAAGUCAUACAGACUUGCUGGUUGACGAUAUCCAGUUCACAAGAUAAUUAUUCAUAGAGAAGAGUUUUUACAGCUUACAGCGUUUUGGAGUUUUUCGGGCCGUGAAGGAGGCCGGCGGCUUCUGGGAGUUGAAGGUCGAGAGCACUGACAAGAAAGCAGCUUCCCCUCCGCCCCUCUGAGAGGCCACCGUGACUUUGGGCAGAAUGGCGGCCAGAGGACGGACGCCCGAUCACACCGCAGAGACCCGGAACCAGCGAGACGAGACGAGGGCCCCCGGCGGCCGAGGACGCGAAGCGAGGCGCGCGUGAAGCCCCCCCCCCCCCCCCCCCCCCUCCCCUGCACGCACCCGCUUCCUAUCAGAGCCGUCGGAGGAGAGGCGGAGCUGUCGGUCAGCGUCACCGCUGAAAUCUGGCCCUCGAGCGAGCGAGACCCCCGGAGCGCGCCAUGGACGCCGGCGAGGAGAUGUCGGUGAAGUGCGUCCUGGUCGGGGACAGCGCCGUGGGCAAGACGGCCCUCCUGGUCCGCUUCACCUCCGAGACCUUCCCGGACAGCUACAAGCCCACGGUGUUCGACAACACCGGGGUGGAGGUGUACAUGGACGGGGUUCAGAUCAGCCUGGGUCUGUGGGACACGGCGGGCAACGACAGCUUCCGGCACAUCCGCCCGAGGUCCUACCAGCAGGCCGACGUCGUCCUCGUCUGCUACUCCGUGGCCAACCCGAACUCGCUGGCCAGCGUCCGCCACAGGUGGAUGGCGGAGGUCCGGGAGAACCUGCCCACGGUGCCGGUGCUGCUCGUGGCCACGCAGACGGACCUGCGGGAGGCCGGGGCGCACCGGGGCAGCUGCAUCUCGGCGGCGCAGGGGAGACGCGUGGCCCACGAGGUCUGCGCCAAGGGCUACCUGGAGUGCUCGUCCCUGGGGAACCGCGGCGUGCAGCAGGUGUUUGAGUACGCCGUGCGGACGGCCGUGAACCGGGCCAGGAAACGGGCCAGGCGACGGAUGUUCGGCAUCAACCAGUGCAAGAUCUUUUGACCUUUGACCUCGACUCGGCGGGCACGUAGGCGGCCCUCGGACGCGUUGCGCGUUGGGCUGCAGGUCAGAGUCUUCCUCUCAUGGUUCUGAAAGACUCCGUGUUUAAAAAGGGACGACUCCCAGCUGUGCGUUGGUGAGAUCCAGAAAGAGACGUAGAAAACGACUCUGGUUCUUCUGCUGCGCGGACGACAAGUUCAGUCUGUCACAAAUUCACCAUUAAGAAAAAUCAAGCGCUCUACAGUCAGCACAUAUGUAAUAUGAUGUCACUAUGAACACAUUGUUUUAACAAUAAUCCCACAUGCGACAUGUUAGUGAAUUGUAUGUUUGUUAAUUCUUUGAAAUAGACCUGCCAUGUUUUAAACCGUGCAUGAAUUAAACGCGAGGCAACACAUUGAAAAUGUAGUCAUUCGAGUAUUUUUUAAAGCGAAUAAAAGACUGGGAAACACAAGUGUUUUUAAAAUACAUCGUCUUUUUCCCCCCAAUGGCUGCGUCACCUGACCUUCUGUUUCCCCUCUCUGUCCGAUUUUUAGGGAGUUUGCAUUAGAUUAGAAUUAGUAGUGAGCUUGAACUAAAAAGUGCUCGUUCAUUAUGAAAGCCGCCCUUUUCUUGACCCAAAUAAACUCUACAGGGAAUCUUGUGUGUAGCGUAAAGACUUCCGAUGUCAACGUCCUGUCUGCUUUGUGCGUCUCGUCCUUAAGCACACUUUGAAUAAACAGAUCACCUGGAGCAUCACA